AUGGCGACUGUCAUUCAUAAUCCUUUAAAAUCCCUUGGUGAUCAGUUCUAUAAGGAGGCCAUUGAACACUGUCGCAGCUACAAUGCCCGUCUCUGUGCUGAACGCAGCGUGCGCAUGCCCUUCCUGGACUCACAAACCGGCGUGGCACAGAACAACUGCUACAUCUGGAUGGAAAAGUGCCACCGGCGGCCGGGCCGGGCAGCAGGACAGAUGUAUACCUAUCCUGCACGUUGCUGGAGAAAAAAGAGGAGACUUCACCCUCCCCUGGAUCCUCAGCUCCGUUUGUGUGAGCUUCGACUAGAAGCAGAGCUGGCCCCCAAACGUGAGGGGCCAACUGGGGAGGCCACAGCUUUGGAGGCUCUCCUAAGGGGGGACAGCCUGCUGGAGAAAAAAAACAGCCUCAGUAAAGAUGAGGAAACCUUGCUUGAAAUACAGAGAGUACUCGAGGCAGAGGAAAACGGGGACAGUUUCCACGACGAUGAAGAGUUUGAUGUAGACACUCCAAAGAGAAAGAACAGGAACCGAGGCAAAAGCAGAGGAUCUACCCGCAGAAAGUCAGAAAUCGUUAAUAUGGACGACCAGGACAAACCAUACGUCUGUGACAAUAGAUACAAACAAAAGCAUAACUCAAAAAAGGCUGAAGAAGUUUGCGGAAAGCGCUACAAGAAUCGCCCUGGGCUGAGUUACCAUUACACCCACACUCACCUGGCAGAGGAGGAAGGUGAAGAGGAGAAGGAAGUGGAUAUGCCCCCAGCUUCCCCUCAGACUUCAGACAACCACAAGCCAGCUAAGAAAGGGUCAGAUGGUGCUGUUAUCCCCAAUGACUACUGUGACUUCUGCCUGGGAGACCAGGACUCCAACAGGAAAACCGGUCAGGCAGAGGAGCUGGUGUCCUGCUCAGACUGUGGACGCUCUGGUCACCCCACAUGCCUGCAGUUCACUGAUAACAUGAUGCAGGCGGUGAGGACGUACCAGUGGCAGUGCAUCGAGUGCAAGUCUUGCAGCCUUUGUGGCACCUCAGAGAACGAUGAUCAGUUACUGUUCUGUGAUGACUGUGACAGAGGGUAUCACAUGUACUGCCUGAAGCCUCCCAUGACCCAGCCUCCUGAAGGAAGCUGGAGCUGUCACUUGUGUCUGGACCUGUUAAAAGACAAGGCCUCAGCCUACGGAGAAGCAUAAAAACCCUUCCCCCACUGUCCUUAUAUAUGUGUUCACUGUUUUGGAAA